UUCUUGGUAGGUGUCCAUAACCUUUCUCUUCUCGAUGAGUUACUUAGAUAAGUUUAUUUCUGACGCUGUAGUUAAGAUUAAGACAAGCAAGGAGCAUCAAGUUCAGACCAAUUGGAGUACCCUGACCUAGAACAGAAAGGGGUUCAGGCUCAAAAUUCCCCAUCCCUUCCCUGAUUAAGGCGUUGAUUGAGGAUCCUCGGGGUCAAGCAACUAGAUUUUAUGUAAGGGACCCGUAUCAUCUGGCAGGCCUUUUACACAGUUUUGAGUCCUCCUCCCGGGUGUACCGCGGUGUACUACAAGGCCAUGGAUAUGGGGCUCUGUUUUCCUCUGACUUCCUUUGUCAAGGAGCUCUUAAACAUCUACAACUUAGCACUUAGCCAAAUUUCUCCCCACUCUUGGGGAGGGAUAGUAGCAGUUCAAGUUCUUUGUGAGAUGCUCGGUGUCCCAUCGACUCUCACUCUUUGGCGUCAUAUGUACAAACUGGUAGAGAUGAUGGCAAGGGAUCUUGGUCCUGGAUGGUGGUGCUACCAAGUACGAUCGCGGUACCAGACCGUGCUUGACCUCUGUUCUUCUCAGAAAGGUUUUAGGAGGGAGUUCGCCUUCGUGUAUUUUGGUAGAGAAUGGGAGAUUCCAACAGUACGAGCGGAUAUCAAACCUAACUUCGGACUUAACUUUCAAGUCCCUGAACUCUCGGAGGAAGAAAGGGUGACAACUUGCUAUAUGCAAAUAGAGUCGAAGAUAGUCCGAGGGGGUGAGACCUUUAUGGCAGGUUAUUGGCUACCCAGUUGCCUUGUCUAAAAACAAUCAUCUGCUUUCUGCUAUGGGUUUGAGUCGGACUUUCCAAAAGGGUAAUUUGUCGAGGGGGGUCUUCGGUUUACGGUUGGUUUUGCUUUUACUUUACUAUGAUAACUAACUGUUCUUUUUUAUUUGCAGCUUCUUCUUGAGCCCAUUCAAUCGAAUCUGACCCAUACAUGCGAACAAGCUGAGUAACGCGGCCAUGACGAUCAGGGCCGAAAUGAAGGAGAAGGCAAUGGGCGUGCUUCCGCCUCCCAAGGUUAGUACCAUACUUCUUUCCUUAAUUUUUCUUUUGAGGGUUGUACUGAUCCUUAAUCCGACUCAGGAACCUGUGUAGCCGAAAACCUCCAAGAAGAGGAAAGAGCGAUUAGUCGACAAGGUCGCUCAAACAUAAAAGGUUAUGGCCAAGGCUCGAAGCGAGCGAGAGAAGGUCAAGAGGGCCAAGUCGGUGGAGGUGAAUAGCCCAUCGAAUCAGGGCAAAAAUCCUCCACCAUCGACCGAGGAGGCUAUUUUCUCCCUCCACUCUUUGGACUUUUGUCCAAUCCGGGGUAGUCUGCAGUAUACCCUCACUCCCCACAACAUGAACAAUCGAAGGGGGUUUCGAAUGACGUGGUUGCAGUCCUGACCAUACCCUUCUUUGCGUUGAAUCGCCACAAGAAGGAUAAGCGAUAGACUAAUGCCAUCAACUCCACUUCGAGGGAGAAUGAGACGAACAAGAUGUUUCGCUCGUGGGUCGAGUUUUUCGCUUGGCUGGCCAAUGUUGCCCAGAAUCGGGUUCACCUGACCAAGGAGGUGGAGGAGCUGAAGGCGAAGGGGAAGACCCACUUUGAUGAUCUCCACAAAACCAAUGAGGCCAAGCGCAUAGCCGAAUCCAAGUUGUUCGAUGCCGAGAUGGCCAUUGAGGUUGACCAUCAUGGAUUCAAGGAGGAAAAGGAUCGUUCUGCCAAGGAGAAGACCGAUCUCAUCAUUGCCCGCGAUUACGCUAUUACUACAAAGGCCGAUGUUGAAGCCAAAGUUAAGGCAGCCGAGCUGAGGGUGAUCGAGCUGAGGGUCGCCGGAGGUUGAGAAGCUCGUCAAGACUUAGGAGCGAUGGUUUAGUGACUGGCAGCAAACUAAGGCUUGCGAGGUGUUUGCCAACGAGGUGGGAAACAAGGCUGAAAAAAUGGGCGAGGACGAGGCCCUAGAUCGCUUGAAGAAUGUAUUGGCCGAGUCCAACCCUGAUCUAGCUUGGUCCAACGUCUGGUCCAAAUAUCAGCCGUCUGUUGAAACGAAGCAUGCUGCGAUCCGGGCGGAGAUGGGCUUGGGUUAAGGUGAGGACGAGGACUCCUGGGAGGAUGAGGGUACCGACCAGGGGGAUCCUCUAACUGACCCCAAUGGUGAUGUGAUUGUCGAGGUCGCCCGAUAUGACGAGCUAGUUGACAACAACACUUUUGUAGUACCAAGAUGCAUCUGAUCUUCCCCUGAGCUCCUAGGCUUUUGUAUUUUAUUUUUCUCUUUGGCCUUUGGUAGCACCUCGCUUUGGAUUGUAAUUUUUUCUCUAAGAAAUGAAAUGGAACUUUUGCAACUCCAAUUGUUUGUUAUUUGCAAUACUAUCUCUUUUUUUUUUUGAAUAUCUGAUUGGCUGAUGUAUUCGCAUAAUUGGUUAAGUUAACCGAUUGUUAAGCUUUUUAACUGAUUAAGUUAUGGCUAAGUCAUAGUUACUCGAGUGGUGAAGUCAUUUGACUGGUUAAGUCUUUUUGAUUGAUUACAAAAGUGCCCAAAUAUU